CUCAUAUUCUCCACUUGAACCUCACAAUCCCACUACUCACACGCAGCACAAUGGAACGCCAAAUAAUAUACCAUACGCGAUCCCUCUCACACCGCCUAAUCCAAUCCUCCACCCGCCGUCCCGCCUCAGUCGCAUCCUCCUGCUCCACAGCUUCUCAGCGAUCAUGCACCGCCAGCUUGCGACCAGCAUCUCGUCGCAGUCUACACACCACAGCGCCGGUGCUCAUGCAAUCCAAACCUCCCAAAUCGCGCGACCGCGGCCCCAAGAGCGACGAAGACACACAAACCGACUUCGGCGCGCUGGAUGUGCUGCGCAACACCGCGGCGCCAGCGACGAGUAUAGAUGCGACCACGAGCGAUGGGUUUGCGCUGAAUAAUCAGAUGAGAGUUAGUGGCUGUGGGCUGCUGUUAGUCGGCGGCGAGGCGUUUAGGUGGCGGCCGUGGUUGCGAGAGGGGAGGAAGGAGGGCACGGUUGCUGAGGACGGUCUCGGGGAGGAUCAGAUGACGGGCAGGUUGAGUAAUAGAAAGGGGCAAUGGGAGGUCCAGGAGGGUAGCUGGGGGGUGCUGGAGUUGGUGUGGCCGAAGCCUGAUAUCCUCAUCAUCGGCACCGGCCCACACGUUCUCCCUCUCGCGCCCGCCGUCCGCACAUACCUCAACGGCCUGGGCAUACGGCUCGAAGUCCAGGAUACGCGGAAUGCGGCUGCGCAGUUCAAUUUGCUUGCUACGGAGAGAGGUGUCGGUCAGGUUGCUGCGGCGCUGAUACCGACGGGAUGGAGGGAGGGGAGUGGGAUUGUCAGUAGUGAUUGAUGGAGGCAGCCGGUCUCGAGGACGGAACUAUAGCAUACUGUACAUCAAAAAAGAUACUAGUAGAC